AUGAACCUGCAGCAUCGCAAGCAGACACACAGGAGGGAAGCUAUACAAGUGCGAUCUCUGUCCUGCAGAGUUCAGCCUGACCAAGGACCUGCAACAUCGCAAACGGACGCACACAGGAAAGAAACCACUCAAGUGCUAUUAGGUGCCGCAGAGUUCAGUUUGAGCACGAACCUGCAGCAUCGCAAACUGGCGCCCACAGGAAAGAAACCACUCAAGAAAGAAACCACUCAAGUGCUAUUAGGUGCCGGAGAGUUCAGCUUGAGUACGAACCCGCAGCAUCGCAAACGGGCGCACACAGGAAAGAAACCACUCAAGUGCUAUCUAGGUGCCGCAGAGUUCAGCUUGAACCUGCAGCAUCGCAAACUGGCGCACACAGGAAAGAAACCACUCAAGUGCUAUAUAGGUGCCGCGGAGUUCAGUUUGAGCACGAACCUGCAACAUCGCAAACGGACGCACACAGGAAAGAAACCACUCAAGUGCUAUCUAGGUGCCGCAGAGUUCAGCUUGAACCUGCAGCAUCGCAAACUGGCGCACACAGGAAAGAAACCACUCAAGUGCUAUAUAGGUGCCGCGGAGUUCAGUUUGAGCACGAACCUGCAACAUCGCAAACGGACGCACACAGGAAAGAAACCACUCAAGUGCUAUCUAGGUGCAGCAGAGUUCAGCUUGAACCUGCAGCAUCGCAAACUGGCGCACACAGGAAAGAAACCACUCAAGUGCUAUAUAGGUGCCGCAGAGUUCAGUUUGAGCACGAACCUGCAACAUCGCAAACGGACGCACACAGGAAAGAAACCACUCAAGUGCUAUCUAGGUGCCGCAGAGUUCAGCUUGAACCUGCAGCAUCGCAAACGGGCGCACACAGGAAAGAAACCACUCAAGUGCUAUAUAGGUGCCGCGGAGUUCAGCUUGAGCAGGAACCUGCAGCAUUGCUGA